AUGAAUCGCCAAGAUUUACCCCGCCUAUCCCAAAUUUACGAAGACUCCGCCCAACAAAUUUCAACACAAUUGUACAAUAGACAUGCCCCUCCCCCAUUCAUCCAUUCAUCCAUCCAUCAACCAUCCAUCCAACUAAAGAUGAAGCAAUUGACGGUAAGUUACGGUCUCAUCUCCCCUCAACAUUCCUCACAAAGAGAAUCACAUAUCCUCCCCAUAACAAAAAUUUACACAUGUCCGGACCUCCAAAUUUACUUAACCUGUGGAAGAGAUGGAUCCAUAGUCAUAAAUCACAUGGACCCGCACUCCCAAGCUGCCAAGAAGAGACUCCUGGUCCAUAGUGAUUGGGUAUGUGACCUCAUUAGAGUAGGGUCCACUAGGAAAUUCAUCUCCGUUUCACAUGAUUUUUCCAUUGUGCUUUUCGAAAUAAUGGAGGAUUGCGAGACCUGGGAUAUGAAGAUCAUUGGAGAUCAUGACGACUAUAUCAAAUGUAUCGUACCCUUGCCAUCCAUGUCUGGUGGCGAUGAAGAGAGGGAGGACGCGGAGGUGCCCUUUUGGUUUGCUACUGGUGGGUUGGAUAAGAAGAUUAAAAUUUGGAAAUUAAUAGGGGCUGAGGGAUCUAAUUCUCAGACUGAAGUGGAAUUGGUUCAUGUUUUCGAUAAUUCACAUGAAGAAGAUGAAACCGGGUCCAUUUAUACAAUGGCUCCCGUGACGAGUGAAGGUCAAUUGCCCUUUGAUUUGGUGGUGGGUGAUUGUAAUGGAGAUGUGAUUUUUUAUUCCGUUCAUGAUAAAGUGGAACUUAAAAGGUUGAAAAAUGUACAUUCUUCCAAUACAAAAGUCGUCAAAUUGAUUGAUGAUUGUACUAAAUUAAUAACAACUUGUUCUAAUGGGUUGAUUUAUUUGUGGGAUUUAUCAAAAUUCGAAUUAAUGACCGAUUUUAAUGUGAAACCGGCAAAGGUGGGCUCAUGGAAAUGGGAUUGUUCCAUUUGGUGCAUAUAUGGAGAUUCUUUGAAUCAUAUAAUUAUUGGAGAUUCAAAGGGAAGAAUUUCAAGAUUGGAUUUUAAUUUGAUCUCACAUGAUAAUAAUAAUAAUGAAGGUUUAAACCUUAAUCAUAAAGAAUUAAAAUUUACUUCAAUUUUUAACCCAAAGAGCUAUAAACAACUUUUUAAUGAUAAGACAAUAACGAAACAUGACAAUGAUAAUAAUAAACACAAUAAUAAUGAAUCAAAACCUAAAAAUAUGGGAAUCCUUAAUAUUAAUAUAUUAGAUCACAAUUCCUUAGUUUUUUCAUUCUGUACGGAUUCCAAUUUAAAUUGCCUAAAUUUAAAGACAAAGGAAUUGGUAAUUAAUAAAGGUGGUUUCGCAUUAACAAGAAGCUCUCUACUGACAAAUAGAAGGCAUGUUAUCACGGAAAAUACAAAGGGAGAAGUUCAAAGAUGGGAUAUCGUAUCAUGUGAACUAUUAAACACUUUUAAACCUGAUGAUGGAUCAUUCGAUGAUUUAGUCAUGAAAUUUACUUCAAAGGAAAUUCUCUCCCAUUGGUGUACAGUUACUGUCAAAGUUGGGGUACUCUUUGUGAAAAUAAAUCAAAAAUUCUUAAACACAGAAGUGUAUGGAACAGCAUUGGAAAAUUAUGACAUUAUAAAUGAUGUGGAAAUAAACCCUGAUCAAAGAUAUAAUUUGGGGAAAACGGUGGUGAAUUCUUUAUUUAACGAAUUCUUAACAUAUGAAAUUAAGAAGGAUGAACUAAUUAGAAAGGAAAUUGUAAACAGGAAAAAGAAGGAAAAGGAAAAUGUAUCCAAGGAGGCAAUAAACAACAAAUUAAUCUCAUCAGAUUCGGAAAAACCUUUCUCUAGGAAAAAUACUAAUAAAAAGAAUAAAUUUACUAGAAACAUAGCCAUGAAAUCAAGUUCUAACUUGAAUGGUACCAAUAGUAAUUAUUCACCUGAUGUGUAUGUUUCCGCUCCGGGCACUCCGAUUACAACUGAUGAUACGCAUAAACCCUUUAAUUUAAGAACAAAUGUAAACUAUGAUUUGAAACCUCCUGGUUCAGCACCACCGUUAAUGGUGAACACACCUAAUGAAGAAUCCUCCAACAUUAUUCAACCAUCUCCCUUGUCUUCAGAAAAUAAUACUGUGAUUUCUCCUGGGAAAGCUUCAUUAUUAUCUAGGCGUUUCAAAUCAUUAAGAAACAGUAAUCCUUCAAAAUCAGGGUCAGGAAUAAAUACACCUGAGGAACCAUUAUCUGAUAUGGAUGGUUUAUUGGGCGAAGAUUCCAACGAAAGUUCAAGGGACAUGUCUUCAGAACCUGUAUUAUGGAACCAAUCAUCAGGAAUUGAUAACAUUAAUUCUACUAAGAAUACCCCAUUAAAUUCUUCUAAUUCUGCAUACGGGAAAGUUAAAUCAGUAGAUUCUUCAAGACUGAACUCAACAACUACAGUAAACUCCAAUAGUAACAUACCAUUAAUUAAUAACUCUGCACCAAAGGAAAAGGAAUUUAUGUCGGAUCUUCUUGCAGAAAUUAAGGACGUCUACAUCCAAGAAUAUAAUAACAAUUCUUCAUCAUUAAAACUUUUAACAAAGAGACUUCCAGAAUCGAAAAUUGAUAGAGAUUUGAGAUGUCCUUUAAUUCAAGUCAAGUCAGGAUCAUUAUUAUUAGUACAUCUUUGGAGAGAUGGUGCCUGUGGGGGGACUGUUCUUUUCUCAACAUUUUUACCACCUUCUAGAAUUGAAGAUAAUGAUUCUGAUGAUGAGAACAAUGAUAAUGACACUUCAAGACUGGAAAGUGAAGACUUAGAUUAUGAUCAAUUGAAGCAAUAUGAUUUUACAGAAUCAGAAUAUGGUAUUACUAUGAAUAGAAGACAAGUUUUUGGACAAUUGGAGAAGAAUCUCCCAUAUUGGUUUGCCAAGAUGUUAUUCAAAAAUGUCAAGAUUGAAAAUGAUAGUCAACCAAAAUUAAACUUUAUUAUUGUCCCAUGGGUGGAUAGUGAGCAUGAAAAGGGUAAACAAAAUGGUUCAGAUGGUCCCCAACAGCAACAACAACAACAAUUCCAUCAUAUGUUGAAGUUUGGGCGUACGAAAUCUAAUGACCCCGUAUCAGCCAGCACCGAUUUACCAAAGGUGUCUGACUCCAAUGCCAAGUUAGUGGCACCAGGUAUGAUCAGAGUUAAGAAGAUUAAAUACUAUGUUAUCGAUAGAUUUGAUUCGAAGACUCCUGAAAUGAAAGCCAAAGUUGAUCCAAGUGUGUGGUUAGAGUUACUAUGCAAAGGACAAGUUUUGGAGAAUGAUAUGACUUUGAGCACAGUAAGAACUUUAUAUUGGAAGUCUCAAAGUGAAAUUGUAAUUGAAUAUAGAAGGAAACUUACAGCAUCACCAUUAGCUAAUGAAAUUCAUUAA